UAGUAGGAAUGUUGUUGAUGUGUUGUUGUUUUCAUAUUUUUUUACUAAUUCAGCAUGUUACACUUGACGAAGAUCCGGAUAUUAACACGAUGUCAUCGUCACAGCUGUCGUCUUCUACAGAAACAUCCGCGUUCAACUUAACUUCCAGCAUACCAAUAAUUAGCGUCGAAAUACUUCGCGUCGUUUUGCCACCUGGGAUCGGUAACGCCGUCAAGCUGAUAUGGGGAAGGAAAUUGUAUGAUUUAAAUUUAAACGUCACUUACGGGGUUCAUUAUGGAAAAAAUGAUGACGAAUUGAAAGUACCAAAACUUUUGACAACAAACGAAAGCGUCCUAAUUGAAAACUUGGAUUUUUGUACCCAAUACAGUUUUGCUGUGAGCGUCGGUGACGAAUAUAAAAUUAAUUUAAACAACAUUCGAAGCGUCGUCACCUAUUUAGAUCGUAAAGCCCCGCCGCAAAAUUUGCAGGUCGAAUUCGAACCUCAAAAUCCACCAUGUUUAUUUAUUAAGUGGUCGGCUUCGUGUGCAAAUAUUGGACAAACGAUUGGAUACGUUAUUUCUCUAUUUGAUCAUGAGACAACUCAUUAUACAAUCAUAACAUUGCCCCCUAGCAACCGAGUAGAUUUUAGUCAUCCCUUUCAAACUUAUUACGGAGCGAAGUUUGAUAUAAAAGUAUCUACCAACUUUCCUGGUUCAGAAGCCACAAAAAUUGUCACAUACAAAGUUCCGAAUUUUUUGGAACCAUAUAAAGUGAAAAUAUCAACAAAUCUAGAAGCAGGUGCUUUCAUGCUAUAUUGGAAAGAGCCUUACGUACCUUCUUUUAUUGACAGACUAUAUUAUGAGGUAUACAUUUACAAAAGCUUGAAUACUUCGGAUGUAUUUGAAAAGUAUUACGUGACAAGGCCAGUUUUAAUUUACAAAGGAGACGAGCCUCAAUACAUGUUUAGAGUGGGAUCAGUUUCGUAUGACGGUCAAUAUCGAUCUGUUUUAACAGACCCGCUCGUGGCUGAUGUCUACGGCGAAGUUCAUGAAGUUGAAAUAGAUUAAUUUGUAUUUUUAAUAAGUUCUUUUUCCAAUAAAAUUUUUUUCCAAUAAAA